AUUAUUUGCCUUGUUAACAUCUCAAGAUUGUGAUCUCAAGGAAAAGACAAAACUGAGUAUCUCACUUUCUUGACCUUUUGUUUAACUUUUUAAACUUCCUCACACAAUUUUUAAAUUGGUAGAAGGCAUCUGGUCUUUCAGGGAAUGCGAGAGCCUCUUGUGCCCCUUCUUUUUGCUUUGAAAUGGCCUCCUCCUCCUCCAUUUCUUUUCAUCUGAGAUAAGAAAAAGCAAACCCUUUUUCAGUUUUCAAAACUUGAUCACCACACCCACCCUGCUGCUAAGAUGGAAGAUGGGUCACAGCCAAAAUAUGACAGAGUCAAGGAAGUGAAGGAGUUUGAUGAAACAAGAGCUGGAGUUAAAGGCCUUGUAGACUCAGGGGUAACAAAAGUCCCAAGUUUCCUCAUCCAUCCACCACAGAGCCUUUUAAGUUCAACCACAGCCAAUAUACAAUUCCAAGUUCCAGUCAUAGAUUUUGAUGGCUUUGAUCAUGAUUUCCAGCGUGUGCAGAUUGUCAAGGAAAUUCGAGAAGCGUCCGAAACAUGGGGUUUCUUUCAAAUGAUCAAUCAUGGAGUUCCAGACAGGGUAAUAGGCAAUAUGAUAGAAGCAAUUCGACAGUUUCAUGAGCAGCCAGAGGAGGUGAAGAUGGAGUUGUAUUCCCGAGACUCUAAGCAAAGAGUUAGAUUUUACUGCAAUGGAGAUCUGUUGGUAUCAAAAGCAGCAAACUGGAGAGAUUCAAUAGGCUUUGAUUUCCAGGACGGACCAUUGGACCCCGAGUCAUUUCCCUCUGUUUGCAGAGAGCCGGUGCAAGAGUACAUGAAACACUUGAUCAACCUAAGAGAGGUGAUAUCAGGUUUGUUGUCAGAGGCCUUGGGGCUUAGCACUGAUCACCUAGAACGCAUAGAGUGCAUGAAGACUGAAAAUCUGGUGUGCCAUUAUUACCCAAGCUGUCCAGAACCAGAGCUGACCCUUGGGGCAACCAAACAUUCAGAUCCAUCCUCUUUGACUGUGCUCUUACAAGACAAUCUUGGUGGCCUACAAGUCCUCCAUCAAGGUCACUGGGUUGAUGUUCCUCCAGCUCAUGGAGCUCUGGUGGCCAAUAUUGGUGAUCUAAUGCAGCUUAUUACUAAUGACAAGUUCAAAAGUGUGGAGCACAGGGUACUGGCUGGAAGAGUGGGGCCGAGGAUAUCAGCUGCAUGUUUUUUCUAUCCAAGUGCCACACAUAGAUUUAAACCCUAUGGGCCAAUUAAGGAGUUUGUGUCUAACAACCUACCUAUAUACAGGGAAACUCAUGUUGGAGAAUAUCUUGCCUAUUACAGGUCAAAAGGAUUAGAUGGUAACUCUGCCCUUCCUCAUUUUAAAUUAGCCUAAUUUAAUCUCUA